GCUCUUCCUCCCCUAGGUUCAACUUGGUGCUAGCCUGAACUGAGGAUCCCAGGGCUCGCUAUCAUGGAUCCUCUCCUGGAAGCAAAUGGCACCUUUGCCUUAAACCUUUUGAAAAUCCUGGGUGAAGACAGCUCUAAAAAUGUGUUUUUCUCACCCAUGAGCAUCUCCUCAUCCCUGGCCAUGGUCUUCAUGGGGGCAAAGGGAAACACCGCAAGCCAGAUGGCUCAGGCACUCUCUUUGGAUAAGUGCAGUGGCAAUGGAGGUGGAGAUGUCCACCAGGGCUUCCAGUCACUUCUCACCGAAGUGAACAAGACUGGCACACAGUGCUUGCUCAAAACAGCCAACAGGCUCUUCGGGGAAAAGACUCUUGAUAUCCUAGCAUCUUUUAAAGAUUCCUGCCACAAGUUCUACGAAGCAGAGAUGGAAGAGCUGGACUUUAAGGGUGACACAGAGCAUUCCCGACAGCACAUCAACACCUGGGUCUCCAAAAAGACAGAAGAUAAAAUUACAGAGCUGCUGUCUCCAGGCACAGUGAAUUCAGACACUCUGCUGGUCCUUGUAAAUGCCAUCUACUUCAAAGGAAAUUGGGAGAAGCAGUUUGACAAAGAGGACACCCAGGAGAUGCCUUUCAAAGUCACCAUGAAUGAGGAGAAACCUGUGCAGAUGAUGUUUAAGAAGUCUUCCUUUAAGAUGACCUACGUGGAAGAGAUAUCCACUGCGAUUCUGUUGCUUCCCUAUGCUGGCAAUGAGCUGAACAUGAUCAUCAUGCUUCCAGAUGAGCACGUUGAACUGAAAACGGUGGAAAAGGAAAUAACUUAUGAAAAUUUCAUAGAGUGGACGAGGCUGGACAUGAUGGAUGAAGAAGAGGUGGAGGUUUUCCUCCCACGGUUUAAACUGGAGGAGAAUUAUGACAUGGAGGACUUCCUGUGCAAACUGGGCAUGACGGAUGCCUUUGAGGACAGGGCAGACUUUUCUGGAAUAUCUUCCAAGCAUGGUUUGUCUUUGUCCAAGGUUGUGCAUAAAUCCUUUGUGGAGGUCAAUGAGGAGGGCACAGAGGCUGCGGCUGCCACCUCCAGUGUAGUUUAUAGGUGUAUGCCCCCCUACUUCUGUGCCGACCACCCCUUCCUUUUCUUUAUCCAGCACUGCAAGACAAGGGGGAUUGUGUUCUGUGGCCGGUUCUCCUCUCCUUGAGAGAGGGUGCUGCUGAGUCAGCCCACUACCUUUGCCCAGUCCCUCUCCCAUGAUUCAUAAUUUAUCUGUGGAUUAUUAAAUGUUGUGACAAGUCUGUACUUGGUGGCACAUACCUGUAAAUCCAGCACUUAGCUGAUGAAGUUGAAAUGAUCAGAAGUCAAGCAAAGGCGGUCUUGGGUAUAUAGCAAAUUCAAAGCAAGCCUGGGCUACAUGAGACCAUUAAAAAUGAACAAACAUGAAAAAAGAAAUUAAGAUGAAACAGAAAGAAAAGAAAAUAUCUGAUUCUGGACGCUUUAUACAAAAGAAGUGAUUAGUUCAUGGUUCUGGAAGCUGCAGAACAUAGGGCUUCUGUAUGGCUUUAGUGACGCCCCCUAGUGGAUGGCACUGGAAUAACAGUAUGUGAGAUUCAGAUUUGUUACUAACAAAUCUUUAGAACCCCAUCACUCAUUCUCAU